GGAUUGGUCAGUAUUUUGAGGUAACUCUGAACAUCCCAAUUGCAAAAACGAACUCGUUGUUUCGAUCAAAAAAUUGAACUUCUGAACAUCCCAAAUUGCAAAAUAGUAGCAAGAGAUGGAUCCAAAAUUGAGCGAAGUUUCACAGCUCUUUGAUCGAUUUAAGGCUGCGUUUCUCAGAAACGACUUUGAUUCAGCUUCAAAUCUCCUUUCUCAGCUUAAGGUGUUACUUACAGGGUUCAGAAGCCUUCCACCCUUGUUUGCAGAUACACCUAAUGCAGUUCAGGAGUUAACAAUAGCAAGGGAUAUAUACGAGCAUGCUGUUCUCCUUAGCGUAAAAAUCGAGGAUCAAGAUGCCUUUGAAAGGGAUUUCUUCCAGCUGAAACCUUAUUAUACGGAUGCCCGUAAUCGUCUUCCGCAAUCUCCUCAGGAGUACCCAAUACUUGGUCUCAACCUUUUGAGACUACUUGUGCAAAACAGGAUUGCUGAAUUCCAUACUGAGUUGGAAUUGCUUUUAUCCGCUGCUCUAGAGAAUCCUUGUAUUAAGCAUGCUGUGGAACUCGAGCAAUCUUUUAUGGAAGGGGCUUACAACCGAGUUUUGAGUGCUCGACAGACCGUCCCACAUGAAACAUAUGUGUAUUUCAUGGAUCUUUUGGCAAAGACCAUCAGAGAUGAGAUAGCAGGAUGCAGUGAGAAGGCAUAUGACUAUCUUUCAAUUAAUGACGCUAAGCGGAUGUUGUUGUUCUCCUCAGACCAUGAGCUCUUGGAAUAUAUUAAAGAGGAGCACUCUGAAUGGGAAGUUAAAAACGGAGCUGUUUAUUUUCAAAAGACAAAAGAAUUGGCUCCUUGCAAAGAAAUACCCUCUCUGCAACUCAUCAACCAAACACUUAGCUAUGCUAGGGAAUUAGAGAGGAUUGUCUGAGAAGGACUUGAUCCUAAACCUCUAACUAUCCUAGCUAGGUUCUAGGUUAGGUGGAAGUGAAAAGACUAAAGGGAGAUGCAGAUUACAGCAUUGUGGAAAACUGGACAUAUUAAAAAAUAGUUGAGCAGGUCAUUCAUUGGGGAUCCGGCGUAACGACCUUCCUGUUUUUCAAAAUUACUAAUCAUGUGCUUUGAUUGUUUAAUUAUAGUUCGAUUUGGAACUAUAGAAUGAUUUUAACUCUGUAUUUUGGUUCUUUUUUUUUAAUCACUGUAGAUAUGUGGUGCCGCAAGGCCAAUCAAAUUUUUUGAAGCCAAUUGCAGCCAA